AUGGUCCAGCUUUCCAAAUUCCUCGCUGUUGCGGCUGCAUGCCUGGCGGCUCCUGUCAUCGCCCACCCCGGAGAGCACCACGAUCCUCACGUCCUGAAACAUGAGAUCCAUACCCGGGAUGUCAUGGCUGCUCAUGCUAAGCGGUCCCUGGGUGGUUGCGAGAAUACCUUCCACGCCCGCGAGUUGAACAAGCGUAGCAUCACCCGUCGCUCGAAUACCGUCCAGAAACUCCGCCAGAAGCGUGGAAUCACUGCUGUUCCCCAGAAAUGGCGCCGCGAUCUUGCGGCGCUUGAGAAGUGGGAGGCUAUCGACCACAACCGCACUGGAGUUCUCGAUUACAGCCCUGCGACCCCGGAGUCGGUCGUCUUCGGUGCCAACACUAGCUUUGUUCUGUCGCCCACUAUCACCGACGGUCCCUACUAUGUCUGGGGUGAGGUCGUGCGUCAGAACGUCAAGGAGGAGCUGUACUCGGACGGUGUGGAUGUCUUCCUCGAGGUGCAGUACAUCGACGUGAAUAACUGCAAGCCCGUUCCUGGAGCGAUCGUCGAUAUUUGGCAAGCCAAUGCCACCGGUGUCUACAGUGGAAUCUCAGUUUCAGGCAACUACGCUGAAGACGGCUGGGACUCAACCUACCUCCGCGGCAUCCAGCAGACCGACCGCGACGGCGUCGCAACAUUCGAAAGCAUCAUUCCAGGUCACUACGAUGGCCGAGCGACGCACACCCACCUCCUCACCCACCUGAACGCAACUCUCCUCCCCAACAAGACCAUCAAGGCCGACACCGGUAGCGUUGCACACAUCGGACAGCUGUUCUGGAACGAGGUGCUCCGCACUGCGGUCGAGGACACAUACCCCUACACUACUAACACGCAGGCGGUCACCUCCAACGCGGAGGAUAUGUGGAGUAUCGCGCAGGCUGAUAGCGCUUACGAUCCCUUCCCGGAGUACCUUUACCUCGGUGAGGGCCUGGACGAUGGAUUGUUCGCUUGGAUUCAGAUCGGAAUCAACACUACCGCCGAUUACACUGAUAACGAUUACUACAGUAUUGCCGCCUACCACUAUGCUGAUGGUGGCUACCAGAAUUCUGAUAGCUCGUUUGGAGGUGGUAGCGGUGGUGGUGGUGGUGCCGGUGCCUCUGGCUCUGCUCCUAGUGGUACCGCUAUGCCUAGUGCAUCCCCUUCGUCUAGUGUCUCUGUUUGA